AUGAGCGAUAGGAUCAGCUCACUGCCGGACGAAAUCCUCUCCCACAUCCUCUCUUUCCUCCCAACCAAGUACACCGUUGGUACCUCUGGCCUAAGCCGACGGUGGAAGAAUCUGUGGACUAGCCUCUACGAGCUCGAUCUCGACAAUCGCAACAGCGGCUUGGAGAACACAGCCUAUCGUUAUGAGAUUGUAAAGAGGCUAGACCUGGAAUUCUGCCGCUUCGUCUACAGGGUUUUGAGCCAGCACAAGGAUCUCAUCUCAAUUCUCUGCGGCGUUUUCGCUUCCAUUUUACAAUGGAAUACUAUGACCGCAGGGCAGAGCCGAAUUUCUGGUUGA